AUGGGAACCCUGUGGUACACCAGAUCGGAUGGAGAAUUUAAAUUUAUUCUAGUUUAUCAAGAUCAUCUAACUAAAUUUGUAAUUCUUCGAUCUCUUAAAACUAAGCAAGCAUCAGAAGUUGUAGAACAACUUCUUGACUUAUUUUUGUUAUUCGGUGCCCCAUCCAUAUUACAAUCUAACAACGGACUAGAGUUUGCAAACAGAAUAAUAUUUAUGAAAAACAGAGCUCAGCAGGGAUUAAAAGAAGUCCUUAUGAGGCAAUGUUUGGACAACCAGCAAAAGUGGGACUUUAAUACUGAAGAUGAUUUAGAAAGCAUGUUGAACGAAGAUAAUGUGGAAAACGACACCUCAGUUCAAAGCAGUGAUUUGCAAAAUCAUCAAGAGCAAACGUUGCCUGAAAAUUUUACGUUAGAACAAUCGUUGGAAGCGAAUAUUUUGCUGGUAGAAGAAUUAAACAAAGAUAAUAUGCAGAACGAAACUUCAAUUCAAAGCAGUGAUUUGCAUAAUAAUCAAGACCAAACGUUGCUUGAAAAUUUUAGAAUUAUUACAGAAGAUAAAAGUAACAGAAAAGAAACUAAAGAAAAUUUAGAGAACCAAGCCAAGCGAAUGAAAACCAUUUCUGAUGCUUCUCAUCCACCAGCAGAAGAGGGAAUGUCUAUUCGUAUAAAGCUGUCUGAAGUUGACAGAGAUCCAUGUGAUUCGCAGUCAAUAAUAGGCUGUAUUAUGAAAAAAACAGAUGAUGUUUUUUUUCAAACAUUCCAAGGUAGGAGUUACCCCUUAGGACUGUGGCCACAGAACAAUCGGUAG